GUUGCAUGUUACUAUGCGCUUGCAAAAUCUGUCACAGCCAUCCUUCAGUACCUUGCCAACAGGAGCAACGCCACCGCGAACUCCGUCUGUCGAUAAUUUGUCGCACUGGAUUGGUUAGGCGGCUGUAAUGUAGGGUUCAACCCAGCUAACCAACUUCCUGCUAAUUUUGCAAUACAUCUGGGACAAAAUCGUUUGCUGUAGUCCGCGUUCAUAGUGAUUAGUGUUUUUUUACUUGAGUCUGGUUUUGCGACGUGUUUGCAAGUUUCUUACAACGCCUGCAGCUGGGUGGUUAAAGACAUUAUAAAAGCAGGAUGAUAUUUUACGUUAGAUGGGCAAACGGAGCCGUUGGCACAGCUCAUGCCAACCUUUUACCAUUUAUGUUUUUACGCGGGCACAGCGAUGCAAGCCAGUUUCACUUUCAGGAUGGGAAUACUCCACACACAGUUGGAACAUGACUGCAAAUGAAACCUGUAUCCUUUGCGAUGCUACCACAUUUUCGUGUGUAAUGUAUUGCCUGCACCCUUACGGGGCAGCAUCCCCCCUUAGUGUGGGAUACCAUGGAGCAGCUAGAAGAGGAACUUACGUGCCCAGUCUGCUGCUGUCUCUUCGAGGAUCCACGGGUCUUACUGUGCUCACACAGCUUCUGCAAGAAAUGCUUGGAAGGACUCUUGGAGGGGAACCGAGGUCCAGCUUACAGAACACCUUUCAAAUGCCCCACAUGCCGCAAGGAGACCCCUCAUAACGGCGCAAACAGCCUGCAGAUCAACUAUUCUCUGCGCGGAAUAGUGGAGAAGUUCAGCAAAAUAAAGGUUUUGCCUAAGAUGUCUGUUUGUCAACAACAUAGCGGUCAGCCUCUUAAUAUAUUUUGCGCCACCGACCUAAAACUGAUUUGUGGUUUUUGCGCAACAACCGGUGACCACAAAGGGCAUACAUUUUGCUCCUUAGAGGAGGCGUAUGAACGGGAAAAAGAUGCAUUUGAAGAGCUGCUUCAGGGGGCGGAGAGCUGGCAGAGCGCAGAUAUCCUGUCCUGCCUGGAGACACUACAAGCCAGUAAGAAAAAGGCGCUUCAGUCGGUGAACACGGACGCAGAGAAAGUAACAGACUAUUUCGACAAACUCAUCGGUGCACUCGAAUGCAAAAAGAAUGAGAUCCUCUGCGAUUUUGAAACACUAAAGCUGGUGGUGAUGCAAGCGUACGACCCGGAGAUCACCAAGCUGAGCGCAGCGCUGGAUGAGCAGAGACGAGCGCUCAGCAUCGCGGAGUCAUUCAGGAGCGUCUCCGACCCCCUGUGCUUCCUGCAGCAGAUGCAGGAGUUUCGGCAGAAGCUACGGGUCCUGAAGGACACCCCACUGCCCUCUCGUAAAGACAUGGACGCCGGUCCUCUCGUGCGUAAUUUCGAUGUGAAAAAGUGGGACUCACUGAGGCUCAGAGAAGUGGACAAGAUCUCGGUCCCCCAUGAGAAUGGCUCGUACCGAGCGGGGGACUCUCGGAUGGCGGCUCGCAGAUGGAUCACCUUAUUAAUGAGUUUGUUACUGCCAACACUGCUCCUGCUGCAGCCUCACAACCUCGCAGCCUACGUUCCCUCGCAACUUGAACCAUUUCUCACUGCGGUCUCCUCACACUUGACCCACACUGGUGUGUACCUGCGGGAAAUGACUGACAUGUACAUGAGUUUAAUGGGUGCAGGUCAGGAAUGCAUCGUGAACUUUAUUGACUCCACUGUCAAUUUUAUUGGCAGUUGUAAGCUAUUUUAAUUACUAAGCCCGUGGCACCUCCGCCAUCCACUCUCAGCACUACAUUUUUUUCACAAUGGCCCACGAGGUGCGCAAAAACAUUGAAGGAUAGAUGCACCUGAAAAUAUGGAAACACUUAACUUAAUUGCUUACCACGUCUUCCGUUCUUGCCUUAUUUGGGCACAAUCUCCAUCCAUCAUGAAGCCAUACAAUCAAAGCCCUACAUUCACGUUACAUAUAAAUACACAUUUAGAUUAUUUUCCACUAAUACUUUAUCUAUUCUUUUUUUUAAUGUGCUAUGGUAGUUUUAUACUUGUCCACGGCGAUCUUGUUAAAUAAAAAAGAGAUUAAAGCCACUUCCAUGUUUGUUUUCAUUUAGUGCGUUUGGCCAGAGAACACUACCAA